GUCUUUCAUUUACCAGUGUCUCAAAUUGUAACGCGUAUCAUUUCUUAUCAUGCAUUUUCGACCGUCGUGAUGAUUCGCUCUCAGCUAACAAGUAACUGUCGUCGUCAGUUCGCUUUAAAAAUGGCAUGUAGUUAGCUGAAAUAUAAUGGUUUACUUUCCACCGGUGACCGCUAAUGUUUCUAAUGUAAGUUACGUGAAAUCUGGAGGCAAAAUGUCAGUUGUUUUUGUACCUAAAAGGCAACGCGGGAAAGCACAGAUUAACCAAGAAAUCAUUCAGAGAUUAUUGGACGAAAACGAUCAGCUGGUGAGAUGCAUAACGGAGUAUAUGCAGAAAGGUCGGGCGACUGAAUGUGUGCAGUAUCAGCAAAUUCUGCACCGAAAUAUUGUGUAUUUAGGAACCAUAGCAGAUGCCAGCCCAGAUCUGACUAGUGUCACAAACGCUGCUUCUGAGAACAGCGUCACAACAGCGGCGGUGACAGUGAACGGAGUCAACAGUGACUCUACAAAUCCACACAGUCAUGGUGGUCUAUGACUGUCUGCAGCACUCAUUUAGAAUA